AACAGAUGCACUUCCACCACGCCCGUGCCUGCAGAGAUAGCUUUUCUCAUCGUUCCUCUAAUACUCCGUGCCUGUCUUCUCGCCAUAGAAUAUCCAAGCUUCCUUGACCCAUCAAAGUCCAAACUAGCCGUCACUGACUUCGCGGCAUGUGAACUCUGGAAAGAGACUAGAUGACAGGCUCUAUGUCAGAUAUCCGCGCCAAGUUGGUCCUCUUGUUCCGAGUCGAACGUGGUCAGGGGAAUUGGACUUGGCGAUCUCUCUUUUCAUAACACUAUCGCACCCGGAACUUAGCUAAAUACACCAACGUCAUGCGAACGUAUGAUGAAGCUGGGAGAUUGCCUUAUAAGAGAGCAAUUUGCCCUCGCCCUCCAAUUAGCCACCAUGUGCUGUACACCUACACAGCUCAUCGGAAGCCUCUAUUCGUCCAAGUUAGAACGGACGUCUAGUUCCUGUCGGGUUCGCCUUGACUUUCGCCUAAGUACCUCAUGUCUUCAACACCUUCCUCCUCUAAACCACUGGCUAUCCCUGACCAGGCAGCUAAUGCACAAGGUGUCUCUGAAUCUUUGAAUCUCUGCAAUGGUCGCAAGGCCUCCCUAUCACUACAUAUCCUCAUAGUAGGUUGCGGUCUGGGUGGUCUGGCUGCAGCACACUGUCUCGCUCAAGCGGGUCAUCGAAUCACGAUUCUCGAGUCCGCUACUGCCAUUGGUGAGGUUGGCGCUGGUAUCCAGGUAUCGCCAAACGUUAGUCGAUUGCUUCGUCGCUGGGGUCUUGGUAAAGCCCUCGAAGAUAUAGCUGUAAGGCCUGAAGCAAUCGCUUUGAGGAGAUAUAACACUGGCGAGCUUGUAGGAUGGACGAAGUGGGCAGAGAAGAUGGAAGAGUUUGGCGCGCCUUAUUACCACAUCCACCGCGCCGACUUCCACAAGCUUCUUUAUGACCUUGCCGCGCCUAACGUAACGCUGAAACUGAAGUCCACCGUGGUCUCUGUAAACCCAGACCCUCCUUCAGCCUCGAACCCAGAGGGACCUUCGGUGACCCUCAGCGAUGGAACGGUCAUCCAUGGCGACCUCGUUAUAGGUGCUGAUGGUGUCAAGAGCUACAUCCAGCAGGUUGUAUUGGGUCGCGUUAACCCUGCACGACCUACUGGUGACGCCGCGUACAGAGCCAUAAUUCCUACCAGCGAAAUGCUGAAGGACCCUGAAUUACGACCGUUACUCGAGAACCCGGAAAUGACGGGUUGGAUGGCUCCAGGCCGUCACUUGAUGGCGUACUGCAUCAGAGCGAAGAGGGAGUACAACCUGGUUCUGAUACACCCCGAUGACAACUCUGUAGAGUCUUGGACAGCAGAAGCUAGUGCAGAUAAGAUGCGAUCUGAUUUUGCUGACUUUGAACCUAAGGUACAGAAGCUCUUGAAGUUUGUUGACUCCACUUUGAAAUGGCGCCUCAUGGAUCGACAACCGCUUGAGACCUGGAUACACUCUUCUGGUAGAGUGGUUCUACUCGGUGAUGCUUGUCACCCUAUGCUUCCAUAUCGUGCACAAGGUGCUGCCAUGGCUAUAGAAGAUGCCGCAGUCCUUGGAAAUCUUUUCUCUCAUCUCUCUCACCCCUCUCAAAUCCACCCGCUUCUUGAAGCCUAUCAGUCGCUACGUCUCAAACGGACGGCAGAUACUCAAGCUUCAUCGCGUGACAACCAGAGGAUAUUCCACCUUCCUGACGGCCCGGAGCAAGAGAAGAGGGAUGAAGAGAUGCGACGUGCAAUGGCAAAGGAGAAGGGUUUACCGGCACCUGAAGGUGAUGCCGACGAAGAAAUGAAGGGAAACGCUAACCAAUGGGCUGACAAGCCGAAGAGUCAGGCGCAAUUUGGGUAUGACGCUGAUGAGGUUGCGGAGAAGUGGUGGAGGGAUGUCGGGGAGAUGACCAUUGGGUCGCCGGGAGAGACAGUACUCGCGAAACUGUGAGCUCGACAUGUACAUUAUUCUGCUUUCUUCCUCCGGGUUCCCUGCUUCCCACCAUUUGGAAUGUACCUGUACGCCGGGACCAAGGCUGUACCACGACACAUAUCUGGACGGUCAAUAAGAGUCUUGUGUAUCUUUCUAGGUCAUCCGCACACUGAGGCAGGUGUAGAAUAGUCGUCCGAGUGCGACAAUGUAUCAUACCCUACCAUGUAAAUCAUCGUUGUAGAAGAUAUCUUGUAUUUGCUUGUAUCCAUUGCAUGUAGAACAGCAGUAAAUGACAAUAAGAGUCUAUGUGCAGCCAGCAGUCAGCAGACAAGUCGAAUGGAUAUACAGAGGAGAAAGCCAUAGUAUCACCGCACGUCCUAUGCAACUUCCGUAGUGCUCAACCCAGAGAAGAAAGUACCACCCAAGCCCAAACCAAUGCCACCCGGUCCAUGAUCAUCAUCAACUUCCAUUCGACCAGAGACAGUUCCCAUACGCCCUGUACCAAUUCCACCGCC